CUCCGAGGACGGGGCAGGGGGCGUCCCGUUGGCGGGAGAGGGGUUGGCAGCGGCCGGAGGAGGCGUCGUUAGGGGCGUUUCGCGGGAUCUGCCGCUGCUCCGCACCUACGCCCGCCGCUUCGGACUUGCGACGCCCCUGAAGGCUGGAUCUGGGUGGGGGAGGGGAGCUUGGGCUAGACGACCCCGGAUCCCUUCCAAUUAUUCUGCUAUUCUGGUGGCCGGCGAUUUGAGGGCGUUGGAGGACGGCUGCCCCGCUAGCCCGGAGCUCUCCAGGGGAGGGGCUCUGUUUCUGUGUGUGGUUGUGUGUACCUCUUUGUGCGCCCGGCCCCAUGGCGGGCAGCCAGGAACUCUCGGGGGAAUACCAUCCCUUGCCAGUUUACGAAGAUGAGGAUGAUGAGGAGCUGCUGGUCCACGUGACGGAGGGGCUGAAAGAUUCCUGGCACCACAUCAAGAACCUGGAUAACUUCUUCACCAAAAUCUAUCACUUCCACCAGAGGAACGGCUUCGGCUGCAUGAUGCUUUCCGACGUCUUUGAGCUGGUGCAGUUCCUGUUUGUGGCCACGUUCUCCACCUUCCUGCUCUGCUGUGUGGAAUACGACAUCCUCUUCGCCAACCAGCCCGUCAAUCACACCCACCCCGGCGCAGGAGGAAGGGGUUUUGCGCCCGACCGUGGCAAGGUGACGCUGCCGGAUGCCAUCCUGCCGGCUGCCCAGUGUGCCGAGAGGAUCCAGGCCAAUAGUGGUAUCAUUUUCCUGCUAGUCAUGGCUGCCACUUUCUGGCUCUACCGUUUGGUGAAAGUCCUUUGCAGCCUGUUGAGCUACUGGGAGAUCCGGUCCUUUUACACCAAGGCGCUCAAGAUCCCCUCGGAGCAGCUGUGCAACUGCAGCUGGCAGGAGGUGCAGGCCCGGCUGAUCUCGCUGCAACGGGAACAGCAGCUCUGCGUCCACCGGCGGGAGCUGACCGAACUGGACAUCCACCACCGGAUCCUACGCUUCAAGAACUACCUGGUGGCCAUGGUCAACAAGUCCCUGCUCCCCAUCCGCUUCCAGCUGCCCCUGCUGGGCCGGGGAGUCUUCCUGACCCAGGGUCUCAAGUACAACCUGGAGCUGCUACUGUUCUGGGGACCAGGGUCACUCUUCCAGGGCAAGUGGAACCUCCAGCCUCAGUACAAGCGCGCUGGGGCCCGGCUGGAGCUGGCCCGCCAGCUGGAGCGCAGCCUGCUGCUCCUCGGAGUCGCCAAUUUGUUGCUGUGUCCCUUCAUCCUGGUCUGGCAGGGCCUCUACGCCUUCUUCAGCUACACUGAGGCGCUGAAGCGGGAGCCUGGGAGCCUCGGCGCCCGGCGUUGGUCGCUUUACGGCCGGCUCUACCUCCGCCACUUCAACGAGCUGGACCACGAGCUGCAGGCCCGGCUGAGCCACGGCUACAAGCCGGCGUCCAAGUACAUGAACUCCUUCGCCAACCCUCUGCUGGCCGUAGUGGCCCGGAACGUCGGCUUCUUCGCUGGCUCCCUCCUGGCCGUGUUGAUCGCUCUGACUGUCUAUGACGAGGACGUGCUUACCGUCCAACAUAUCCUGACCGCCAUCACACUGCUAGGACUGGUGGUCACACUGGCCAGGGCCUUCAUCCCGGACGAGCACCUGGUGUGGUGCCCGGAGCAGCUACUCCAGUGUGUGUUGGCCCACAUCCACUACAUCCCCGACCACUGGCAAGGCAACGCUCACAAGUCAGAGACCCGCGAGGAGCUGGCCCAGCUCUUCCAGUACAAGGCGGUUUUUAUCCUGGAGGAGCUGCUCAGUCCCAUCGUGACCCCCUUCCUCCUCAUCUUCGCCCUGCGGGCUAAAGCCCUGGAAAUCGUGGACUUUUUCCGGAAUUUCUCGGUGGAGGUGGUGGGUGUGGGGGACAUCUGCUCUUUUGCCCAGCUGGACAUCCGUAACCACGGCAACCCCCAGUGGCUGUCGCAGGGCCGGACCGAGGCGUCCGUCUACCAGCAGGCCGAGAACGGCAAGACGGAACUCUCCCUGGUCCACUUUGCCAUCGCCAACCCACACUGGCAGCCCCCGCCUGAAAGCUCCCUCUUCAUCGGGCACCUGAAGGAGAAAGUGCAGCAGGACGCCUCCCACGCCCAGCGCCUCCUGGCCGAGGGACCCUUGGCGGCCUCCCUGCUCUCCGACGAAGGUCCAGGCCCCGUGCCGGAUGCCCUCCUGGCUAGCGUCCUGACCCACCCGGUCCUGGCGGAGCGUCGGCUGGUUGCUCAGCCCGGCAGCACGGCCAGCGUGACGGCUAGCAUCUUGGCCUCCCUGUCUUCUUCCCAGCCAUCCCGGCACAGGAGCCGCCCUGGGGAAGCCUCGGUCUGCAACAGCCAGAGCCCCCUUUUGGAGAACAGCAGCACUGCCCCCUCUGCCCCACGCCCGGCUCCUCUCAGCCGCUCGGUUCUGCUCUCCGAGUUGGCAUCGGCCGAGAUGAGUCUGCACGCCCUCUACAUGCACGAGCUUCACCAGCAACAAGCAGCCGCUCGCCUCGCUCCGCAGCCUUCGGCACAAACAGCAUCCCCUCCGCGUCUCUUCGAUUCACGCAGCCAGGACCGCUCGCUAGAAGUUUGGGAAGAGGAGUCGGAUGAGACGCAGCAGCAGCAGCAGCAGCCGGAGAAGAGCUAGCAGGAACCACCACUCGCUCCUUCCUUCCUUCCUUCCUCUGUGUUUCUGGAGGGUUGGCACUGCCAUGGACAGCUUGCCCGUAUGGUCCUCCUGCGGGCAGAACAUGCUUGGAAGUGGGGUCUCCGGGUGUCUCCCCACUCCGGCGGGGCAGGCAUGGGAUGACAGCCGCCCCUCCUUCGCUGUGGACUUGCGUGUGACAAGCAGCCUCGUCAGCGAGGCUUCCUGGCCCCUCUUUGGGGUGGGGCAGUGUACGCUUCUUAAGGGGGGUGAAUAAGCUUUGGGGCUGGUUUGGGCCCCGCACGGUGCUACUUGUAUUAUGGGGGUCUCUCUGGGGUCAAGAGAGAAAGGGGUGGGAGAGGCUCUGCUCUCACCCUGUGCUUUCCCCUCCCCCUCCCCAUCCUCCUGGGCUGGCCCACCCUAAGCCCUCCUCUCCACCACGCAUGCUGUGGCGAUCGCAUCGCAGGCGAGUUUGGCAGGGGGGGGUAAUAAAUGUUUACAGAAGUGACAAAGGGCCCUGUUGCUCUCUCUGGAAGUGGGAGGAAGCGGGGGCACAGAAAUCCCCUAUUUUUGUCCUUUGGGGAGGGGUCCCUCCCGAUGCCAGGUUGGCAGGCAGGCUGCUGAGUGACGGCAAUAGGCUGCCACCCUCGGUUGGUAGGAAAAGGACGGAGGCAAUGGGCUCGGUGGUGCCAUUGCGGUGGGACGUUCUGGUUGGUACAACUUGGAUACCGGGAUUGCUGAGUGGAUUGGGGAGGGGGUCUAUAUCCCCUCUCCAUCCUGCAGAGGGGAAAGAUCCGUUCCCCUUGAAGCCGCCGAGAUCCUUCCUGCCACACAUUUCUCCCUGAAGGGCCUCCGGGAGAAAGCCAGGGUCGGCUCUGUCGCCCUCCCACCGUCCCUGGUUUCUUCCUCAGUGGAUUAACUAGUCAUAAAAGCAGGAAACCGACCCAGAUAACAGGCAGAGGCAGUCGACCACAAUGGAGGGCAAAAUCUCUGUUGCUGCUGAGUGAAACGUUUGAAAACGGAGUGUUGACCACUUUCCUGGCCACAGUUGUUAAGUGAAUCAUUGUGUUUGUGAAGCUAGUCACACGGUCGUUAAACAAAUCUGGCUUGCCUCUUGACAUUGCUGGUCAAACGGUCGCCAAAGGGGACCUCGGGACACGGCGACCGUCGUAAAUACGAACCAGUUGCUGAGCGUCUAAAUUUCGAUCACCUGACCACGGGGAUGCCCCAACAGUCGUAAAUGUGGGAAAACGGUUCGAAGUCUAUUUUUUUUAUGCUGUUGGAACUUUGAAUGGUCGCUAAAUGAACCAUUGUAAGUCUACCUGUACCAUACAACAGUGAUGGCUAAUAUAUCGCACGUGUGUGCCCACACCCAUAAUGCAAUGCCCCACCCCCCCUGCGCAUGCCAGAAACCCUCCAGAGUCCGGAAACAGGCUGUUCCGGUAGGUCUGUUUUUCGCCCUCCCAGGGCCAGCCCUGGCAUCUGAAACGGGCCACGUGGAGAUUCCUGGGAGGGGCAGGGCAGCGUGGGAAUGUGUGCGUCUCCCGCAUGUACGGCAGAGACCCCAAAAUCGGCUGGCUGGCGGGAGGCGCACGCACAUGCAUGGUGGAGCUGACCUAGGGCGACGGCCCGCGUGCCCCCAGAAAUGGCUCUGCGUCCCACCUGUGGCACCCCUGCCUUAGGUUCGCCAUCACGGCCAUAGGAGGAGAACUCCAGUGGCCAGCCUGUUGAGAUGGCUGCAAAAUGGGUCACCCAUGACACCAACCUGAUUUUAUGAUCUAUUUGGGGGCGGACAAUAAAUGAAUCAGUUGGAGAGGUGCGGUGGCCUAGAGAUGGAGCUCUCGCUCACAAUCAGGAGGCUGUGAGUUUGAUCCUAGAUAGAGGCAGGUAUUUUUCUCUAGGCACCCUGAGAAUGUAUCUGCUGAACAAAACUCCACAUUGCCAACAGGAAGGGCAUCCGGCCAUUAAAACAUACUAGCUCCAUUCAGUUGCCCAGACUCCACCCUGCAAGAGAUUAUGGGGUCGUUAAAAGGAGAUGAUGAUGAUAAUGAUGAAUAAAUGAAUCGGUUGUUCACUA